GCUGGCAGAGCUCCCGGACUGAAUUUGGUUGGAAUGAGCGUCGGUAAUGGAGAGCUGAGUUCAAAAUAUCUGUUUAAUUCAAUCCCAUUCCUGCUCUACAAUCGAGCGAUGUACGGUGUCGAUACGAUGGAGUUCCUGGAGAGUUGUUGUCCGAACAAAAGUGAGCCACUACAAGAUUGCGAUCUAUCAAAAUACGUCACGUUCGAUUCACAUGGUGGUGCUGAGCCUAUUGAUAACACAAAGUGCUCUCAGCUGCUCCCUGAGAUCGCAGGCUAUAUCAUAUGGGAGCUUGCAGAAAUACAAGAUGUUUACAAUAUGUAUGAGGACUGCUAUAUGAAUCGAGAGUAUGUAUUCGGAUCACGUUUUAUGCAGAAAUACCGACGUAAUCGUAUCUUACCGAAAAUGAAAGCGCAAGGUGUCAAGGGAUUCGUUGAUCAGUUGGUGAGUGAUCGAUUUGUGACUAGU